GCACUUGAACACAGCAGCAUUUGCCCACUGAGCGGGCUGCCAACUUGCGUCUGCAGGGCCUUGCUACACAUCAAACACUGAUGAGACAAACACGAGAAACCUGCAGUAUUCUCUACCAGCUGUUUUUCUGCAGGUCUGGCAGUUCAGGUGUGGUUUCGUUCACAUCUGCAGAUGGUUGAAGAAGCAGGUGCGGUGCUGGGAUUUAAUUAAGUAAUUUGUCUGAAAGGGUUACACGCUUGGGAAGGCUGCGCCGCUGUUGUUUGUUGUCACUUCCGGGCGAGCCGUCGGUGAAUUGGCAGAUCACAUCGCCGGUGAAGAAGUUCAUCAGCAUCGAUGCUCCGUGCAGGCAGGAUGGAGGAGUUUGUCACGGAGGAUGAGGAGCCGUGGUACGACCAGCGGGACCUGGAGCAAGACCUGCACUUGGCUGCCGAGCUCGGCAAGACUCUUCUGGAACGCAACAAGGAGCUGGAGGACUCCCUACAACAGAUGUACAUCAACAAUGAGGAGCAAGUGCAAGAGAUAGACUACCUGUCCAAGCAGUUGGAGAUGUUGAGGGACAUGAACGAGCAGCAUGCAAAGGUGUAUGAACAGCUGGAUGUGACUGCCAGAGAGCUGGAGAUCACCAACGAGAAACUGGUCCUGGAGAGCAAGGCCUCGCAGCAGAAAAUAGACAGGUUGAUGGGCACCAUGGAGACCUUGCAGGGUCAGGUGGACAGCCUGACAGGCCGGGUGGAGGAGCUGCGAACUCUGGAGGAGCUGAGGGUCCUCAGAGAGAAGAAGGAACGGCGCAAGACUGUCCACUCCUUCCCCUGCCUCAAAGAGCUCUGCACAGCGCCAAGGUAUGAGGAUGGUUUCCUGCUGGCCAACCCGGGUAGUGUGGACCUGGCUGAGAGACAGCCAGUGGAUGAGGAGAAUGAGCGCCUGAGAGGCAUUGUCUCCUCCCUGCGCUCAGCCAUGGCCACAGAGCGGUCCAAAAGGGAAAGCGCUGAGCGGGAGUGUGCCGGUGUGCUGCAGGAGUUUGAGCGUCUGGAACAGCGUCUCAUGGGUGCAGAGGGCUGCCAGCUGCGGGUUCAGGAGCUCGAGGCUGAGCUCCAGGAGAUGCAGCAGCUGAGGAAGUCCAGGAUGUGCCUGAUUGGGGACAUGGAAGACGGCCUAGAGUCCCUGCUCAACAAUGGCCCUGAGACAGACUCCCCAGAGGAGGACACAGGGCCGGAGGAAGGAGGGGAAGGAGGUGCUGGAGAGGUCACAGGGCAGCAGGGAGGCCCAGUGAGGAAAAGCUGCAGCGACACAGCUCUGAAUGCCAUCUCAGCCCGCGACGCCUCAGGCAGGCGUCAGGGCAGUUACGCCCUCCAUGCCAAUGGCGUGCGCAAACGUGGCAUGUCCAUCCUGCGGGAGGUGGACGAGCAGUACCACGCUCUGCUGGAGAAGUAUGAGGAGCUGCUGGGGAAGUGCCGGCGUCAUGAGGAGAGCCUGUGCCACGCUGGGGUGCAGACCUCGCGGCCCGUCUCCAGAGACCCCUCCAUGAAGGAGUACAGCAUGGUCACGGCGGGGCCUUCGACAUCGGGGGCCAUUGCCGCCCCUCCCACACCCCCUCAAACUCCCUCCACCCCAGAGGCCCUGGAGGGGAUCAGCAGGCAGGUGGAGCAGGUGGACAAACGGCUCAGCCAGAACACGCCGGAGUACAAGGCCCUGUUCAAGGAGAUCUUUUCCCGCUUGCAAAAGACCAAGAGUGACAUGAACUCGACCAAGAGCAGAAAGACUAAAAAAUGAGUUCAUUAUAACAGCUACUGAUGCUGCAUGCACUGAAAACAGUGACUACACAAGAUAUGUUAAUUUACCUCCCUGUUGCUUUUCUUGUCUUACCUUUGACCACUUAUGACCUAAUGGGUGGAUGCGUGUAGUCAUGGAGUUGGGUGAUUACUGAUGCAUAUUGUUAGAGCGGACGCUUCCAUUUGCUCUCUGGGAAGGAGGCUGGGCUGAUCAAUUUGAAACUGCCAAAUGUUUUAUUUCAGCACAUGGAUGAGAGAUCGUUUAUUUGGAUGAAAUGCCUUUUUUCCCCGCUGAGUGAUCGUCACUGACAAAUAAUCAGAAUGGAAGGUUUUGUUUGGCUUAGGGCAGUCUAGUGUGUGGUGUAGUAUUUGUCAUUGAGAUGUACUGAAAAGAUUCAACUGUUUAUUUUUUGUUUAUGAUAAAUAAUUAAGCCAAAUAAGAAAAAGACAGCUAUUGGCAUUUGAAGCUUAUAUCUGUACUAUAAACACUAAGUGCUAAAUUGGUCUUUAAAAGCAAGUACAAACUAAAUCACAAGUUUUGACCAGCUUGAGGUUGCUUAAAGACACAAGAGUGAUGAGUUAUUUUGAAUUUGUCGGAUUGGUACAAAUCCUUGGUGACAGCUGCCAAAGUGUACUGCGCAUAAGUGUUUGAUGGAGAUUGGUUUACUUACAUGGUUUAUUAUAACUUAUCUGGUGAAGGGCGGAGAUGCCUCUGGUGUUUAACAGCAUGCAUUACACGCUGCGGGGGGGCAAAUUUGUUCUUGUAGUGGGGCCAUUUAAAAUGUUUUUUUUCCCCUUCUGUUAAUUAAACUAAGAAAUGUA